UGUUCCUCCCUCCCUCCCACACUCUCUACCUAGCUUGCUUAUUAUUACAUGCCUUUCUAACCAAUCCCUUCACUUAUCUCCUAACUUCCAAAAUUUCAAAUCUUAGCUUCAAAGUUUCAACCCCGCCCCGACCCGCCGCUCUUAUAAUCAUACACAAUAAACAACUCCUCACCAACAAACAAACCGCAUUGGCGGCGAAACCGAGAAUUCUCGCCGCCGCAGAUGUCACUGCGAAGAAAUUGAAGCGUUUUGUGCAAAUCCGAUAUGAUCCGGAGGCUUAUAUACGCAGACAUGUGUAGGUGGUGGGCAUGGUGGCUGCUGGCGGCGGCGGUGGCCGUCCGCGGAGAAGAUGUGACGUACGACGGGAGAUCACUCAUCAUCGACGGCCAACGGAAGCUUUUGUUCUCCGGUUCUAUUCAUUAUCCUCGUAGCACCCCAGAUAUGUGGCCUUCUCUAAUAAGAAAAGCCAAAGAAGGAGGGUUGCAUGUAAUACAGACAUAUACGUUUUGGAACCUUCACGAGCCUCAACCUGGUCAGUAUGAUUUCAGCGGAAGUAAAGAUAUAGUGAGAUUCGUGAAGGAAAUUCAAGCACAAGGUCUUUAUGCAUGCCUUCGUAUUGGACCAUAUAUUGAAGCUGAAUGGACUUAUGGGGGCUUCCCGUUUUGGUUGCAUGAUGUCCCCGGCAUUGUUUUCCGAUCUGAUAACGAACCCUUUAAGCUCUACAUGCAAAAUUACACAGCAAAGAUAGUGAACAUGAUGAAGUCAGAAGGGCUGUAUGCUUCUCAAGGAGGUCCUAUCAUACUGUCACAGAUUGAGAACGAAUACCAGAAUAUAGAGGCGGCGUUUGGGGAGAAGGGCCCGUCUUAUGUUCGUUGGGCAGCAGAAAUGGCAGUGGGACUCGAGACUGGCGUGCCAUGGGACAUGUGCAAGCAAGAUGACGCUCCCGAUCCUGUUAUUAAUGCAUGCAAUGGGAUGAAAUGCGGGGAAAUCAAUUUCGCUCCAAACUCGCCAAAUAAGCCAGCAAUUUGGACAGAGAACUGGACAAGCUUCAUUCAAGUAUAUGGCACCAAUGCAACUCUCAGAUCAGCUGAGGAUAUAGCUUACCAUGUUGCACUUUUCAUUGCCAGGAAGAAUGGGAGCUAUAUCAACUAUUACAUGUAUCAUGGGGGAACCAAUUUCGGCAGGACAGCUGCUUCAUUUAUUAUAACAGGUUAUUAUGACCAAGCUCCCCUAGAUGAAUACGGUUUACUCAGAGAGCCAAAAUAUGGUCAUCUAAAGGAGUUGCAUGCAGCCAUCAAAAUGUGCUCACAGAUCCUUCUUUCGGGCACUCCCAACAACUUUUCACUGGGUCAAUCUCAACAAGCCUAUGUGUUCCGUGGAGAUUCAGGAGCUUGUGCUGCGUUUCUAAUAAAUAGUGAUGGUAAACAAAGUGCAGUGGUGCAAUUUCAAAAUUCUUCAUAUGAACUGCCUCGGAAAUCUAUUAGCAUCUUACCCGACUGCAAGACAGUAGUGUUCAACACUGCCAAGGUGAAUACACAAUCAAAUACAAGAUCAAUGCAGCCAGCACUCAAAUUUGACUCAGCUGGGCAAUGGGAAGAAUUCAAAGAGCAAGUUGUUGAAUUUGAUGACACCACCAUAAGAGCAGACACAUUGCUAGAGCACAUGAAUACCACUAAAGAUGUAUCUGAUUACCUAUGGUACACAUUGAGUUUACAGCAGGAUUCCUCAGAUCCCAAAUCUGCAAUCAGUGUGAAGUCUUUAGGACAUGUUUUACAUAUAUUCGUUAAUGGAGAACUAGUAGGUUCUGCACAUGGAGCUUUUAGGAACUCAAGUUUUACACUAGAGAGCACAGUUUCUCUGAAUGAGGGAAUGAACAACAUUUCCCUGCUGAGUGCAACGGUCGGAUUACCGGAUUCAGGACCAUAUCUUGAGCAUAGCACUCUUGGACCCCAUAAAGUGACAAUUGAAGGAAGUGAAGGAAGUCAAGAUCUUUCUAAUAAUUCUUGGGGAUAUCAGGUUGGAUUGUUGGGAGAGAAGUUACAAAUUUACACCACAAAAGGAUCAAAUGUUGUUCAGUGGAAAGAGUUUAGCUCUGCUCAACCACUUGUAUGGUAUAAGACUUUUUUUGAUGAGCCUGAGGGCAAUGAUCCUCUUGCUUUAAACCUUGGCUCUAUGGGGAAAGGAGAAGUUUGGGUUAAUGGCCAAAGUAUUGGCCGAUACUGGGUCUCAUUUCGUACACUUGCAGGAAUACCUUCUCAAACUUGGUACAAUGUUCCUAGAUCAUUUCUCAAACCAACAGGAAACCUGUUAAUUUUAUUUGAGGAGGAACAUGGAAACCCUUGUAACAUCACACUUGAUACAGUCUCAAUCACAAGUGUCUGUGGGCAUGUGACGGAUUCUAAUCCACCAUUUCAGAUUCCAUGGAAGAGGUAUGCAAGGAGGCCUAAGGUACAGCUCAAUUGUCCACCAAACCGCAAUAUUUCUAAAAUUUUAUUUGCGAGCUUUGGGAGACCUUUUGGUGACUGCAGUGCUUAUGCUGUUGGGAGUUGUCAUUCAUCCAAUUCUAGAGCCAUUGUUGAGGAAGCUUGCAUAGGGAAAAGGAAAUGCUCCAUCUCACAAUCAUACAAAAGAUUUGGUGGUGACCCAUGUCCAGGAAUUCCUAAAUCUCUACUGGUUGAUGUGCAAUGUGGGUGAGAGGGCAUUAAGUUCUAACAAUCUUUGCUCAAAAUGAAUAGAUAAUUCAUUCUAGAGGCAUCAUUCAACACAUUCAUUCUAAGUUCAAAAGAAGAUACAGCAUAAUAGAUACUAGAUAGUUUAAUCCUCUGAUAGCAAAUAUAUAUCCAAUUCAAAUCUGAAAUUUGUCGACCCAUUCCAGCUGUACCUAAUGAUUAACUUUUCAAGUGGGAAUAACUUUUACAAAGAACA